UUCCUUCACACUGUCACCCAUUCUUUCAUCCAUCUGCAGGAGAUAGCAGCAAUGAGAAGUCCAUGUUCUGCCAAAUGUCUGCUAAAGUGACAAUCCUGUUUGCUGAGGGGGCAGCAGAGAUUCUUGGAAUGUUGCAGGGUGCGAAGACAAACUGGAGUUGUGUAACUGCCACCCAUGAGAGCCAACCUGACAGGGGGUGGUGCAUAUCACAAGAGCUAUAAGUGUGGCCAAACAGGACGGUUCAACAUAGACAAUCACCUGCAGUUGACUGAAAACUGUUGGGAUUGCUUGGGUGAACAUCUGGACUUCUUACUUUGUGGUGAACCCUGAAUUAUUGACAUAAUGGAAUCAAGAACAACUCUGAUCUUCAUUUUUACCUUGUGCACAACUCUUCAUGAAGGUUGGGGGUUGCCAGUAAUGCUCCAGACUGACCCGAGUGACCCGUCGGCAACCCAUAAGGUCAGGACCAAGCGCUGUUCCUGCAACAACCAACUGGAUUCAGAGUGCCACUAUUUCUGCCAUCUGGACAUCAUCUGGGUGAACACACCAAGUAAGACCGCAGUUUAUGGAUUGGGCAGUCCUUUGGCUCGCCGGCGGAGAUCUACAGGUCGCUGUUUCUGUGUCAACCCUGCAGACCAAACAUGCAAUACCUUCUGCCGCUACAGCUCUGAAAAUCCUUCCAUAAUCCUGGCGCACCCUUCUGAACCUGUGCGUGAAAAACAGGAGCAGCCUAUAUCAGAUCACUUCACUGCCCUAAAUGACUCAGAGAAUGCUGGUCCAGGACUACUGGUUUUAGGGGAGUCUUCCUCCCUUCGGGCUCAGUCAGACGUCAUGACAUUCCUCAAAAAGCUGAAAGCUAGAGCCAGGGCUAUGGAAAAGGCCACCCACAUUAGGCAGUGGGCAUCUAAGGCCUGUAAAUCUGGCUGCAGAUGAAGUCUUCACCUGGAGGCAGGAGAAAUAGGAGUGUGAGCAAUUGAACAAGAGAUGACCCUUGUGCAACAUAGGGUAGCAGAACAAAUGUAUGUCCCAGAGAAUGAGACUUUGGUUCAUGUUCAAGGCAUAGGGCAGAUUUAAAGGCCUGUGAGAUAUGAAAAUGUUGUUUUGAAGACCUUGGAGAGUCCUUUGUAAGUUGAACAAAGUCAGACGGUCUGUCCAUUGGGACAGCAGAAAAGAGAGACAGGUGUUUGCUACAGUUCUGGAGUGCAAACAGGAUAGUAAGUUAAGCGGCUAUGCGAGAGAACACUAACUGGAUCAAAGCAAGUCCACAACAUCAUGUUUGAACACUCAGAGGUAAAAGAGACAGAUGAACUGCUAAUAAAAAUAAGUUGGGUUUCAAGCGAACAGACCCUGUAUUGUCACUGUGAGAAACUCUGGCACUUUUUCUAUUUAUUGGCACUGUAGGAGUGCACCUACAUCUGAGAGCAAAGGUUGAGAUUAUAGAUUUGGCAGCGGUUUAUCAUCUAGUCAUCAGUACAUCUGUGUAUUUAUUAAUUUCGAAUAGAGAUUACAAAAAAAGAAAACAUAACAUACACAUUUAAAUAUAGUAUCACACCAAGAUGGAUGAAAUUUGAGCUUCAAUCCAAAUGAGUUUUUGAGCACCCAAUAGGGUCUUUGACUAGUAAUGUUAUUGACCAACAAUCAUAGUGAAAAUAAAAUUUGAAGUGUGAUCAAGAAUUAUCACAAGUGUACAGUUCAGAGACUAGACACUUUUUGGAAGUCAGAACAUUAAACAAUGUCCUGAAUCAAAAAGCUAUUUAUUUGAACAUGAAAUAUGUUUCAGUUUAGAUUUAGCAAAAUAAUGAAACAAUGCAUAUAAAAUAUGAAUUAUUAACUAUCAAAAUUGAAACGAUUAGGGUAGGUCAUGCAGUUGCAAUCUGUUGUUAUGACAAUGAGAUACACAGAAUAUACAGUAUGAAAAAAAAAAGAAUAAAUAUAUAUAUAUAUAUUAUUGAAUACCAAUGGAACAUUACUAACAAUUUCCGAUGUUCAAAGUGUAACAAUGUACUUCUGUUUUCAAUUGAUUAGCUAUUUAUAGUCUAAUUUAAAUGCAUGUAUAAUCUAAUUAUUAAUUAGCAUCAGUUUGAGGUCAACUGCAAAAUAUAUGUAACAGCAAUAUGGCCUCAUUAUAAUGUCAUUUACUCAGUUAUGUAUUUAUUUUGUCCACUUUCUGUGAAUUGUUUUCUAAUAUGUUCAAAGGAAUGACACAUUUCAGAUACAAAAUGCUCAGUCAACUUUACUCUGUUGUAUGUAAAGA